AUGAAGACUAUCUUGAAGUCUAACGCACAGCUCUAUAGAUUUUUGGAUCCUGAUGAGCUAAUUCCCCCAACUGCUUCAGAGCCUUCGAUUGCAUCCUCUUCCCAUUCUGGGCCUUCUAGUAAUCUAGUCAUGAGUAUGCUCACUCGGAUUAUAGAUCACCUGCAAUCCAUGGAUGAUCAUUUUCAGGCAUUAAAUUCUCAAGUGAUAGAAGGAUUUCAAACCACGGAUAACCGGUUUCAAGUGUUAGAAGCUAAUGUGGCGCAGAUCCAGAUUAAUGUACGGAACACUCCGUUGUCUUAUGCCAAAGGAUCAGCCGGUUUUGGUGCCUUGGACAUUCUGACAGGUGAAGCUGGGAGAUGGUGGAAUGCAAGGAAAGUGCUACUCGGGAACAAGACGGUGAUCACUUGGGAGAUGUUUAAAGUGGAAUACAAUCGGCGCUUUUUCCCUAGAGCUCAGAGGCAGCUUCGAGCAAUAGAAUUCCAGAACCUUGUUCAAGGUAAUAUGACUGUUGAACAAUAUUCUGCUAGAUUUAUGGAAUUAGCCAGGUUUGCGGCCAACCUUAUUCCUGAUGAAGAAUCGAAGGCGGAACGAUUUGAAAAUGGCCUCAAUCCUCGCAUCAAAGAGAGGGUAAUCUGCUUGGAAAUAAAGGAUUACGCCAGACUGGUAGAAGUGGCUUCGCUUGCUGAAAGGGGAAUUCACGAGUCUGCAGCAGCUUAUGACUUGAAGAAGUGCUCAAAGCAACAAAUGUCAUAUCCGGCUAAGAGGUCAGCCACAGGAAGCGGUUCCAGGCCAUCCAUGGGUAAGAGUCUUCCAUCAGCAAAUAAGAACCAAGGACCUCCUUGCAACAAGUGUGGGAAGUCACACACAGGAGAUUGCUGGGUUGCGAACCCAAAAUGUUUUACUUGUGGUAAGACUGGCCACUUCUCGAGAAACUGCCCUAAGAAAGAAACUCAACAACAAAAUUCAACCCCAGCACGAGUAUUUUCACUCACACCUGGUGGCGUAGAAGAAGAAGAAGACCAAGGCGAAGAAGAAAAUACGGAUGUGGUAACAGGUACCAUUCCUUUAUUCGAUAGACUAGCAAGUACUCUUUUCGAUUCCGGUGCAACGCAUUUGUUCAUAUCAUCUACAUACGUUAAAUUAUGUAGCAUGAAUACUCAACCCUUGAAUCAAAACAUAACUGUAUCAAUACCUGCUGGAGAGGUAGUUACGUGUAGGAAAUUCAUUGAGGACUGUCCUAUUGUUAUAGGAGAUAGAGUUCUACCGGCAAACUUAGCAGUAUUUCAAAUAAAGAAAGAAGUUAUUUUUUGCUCACCGAGUGAGGAAGAAUUCAAAUUUUGUGGAUCUCGAGUACGAGCCACUCCACUUCUUCUUUCCUCGAUUCAAGCAAGACGGAGCAUUAGAAGUGGUGCGCAAGUAUUUCUAGCUUAUAUUAAGGCUGAACCUGAAGGAGAGCGUAAGCUAGAAGAUAUACCUAUAGCGCAUGACUAUCCGGACGUUUUCGCCGAGGUCACAACCGGAUUGCCACCUGAUCGAGAAAUCGAGUUCACUAUUGAUCUGAUGCCAGGGACUCAACCCAUCCAUAAAGCACUAUACCGUAUGGCGCCAUCUGAAUUGAAGGAGCUGAAAAAGCAACUUGAAGACUUGGUAGACCGGGGUUUUAUUCGCCCUAGCGUCUCACCAUGGGAGGCGCCAGUUUUGUUUGUAAGAAAGAAAGAUGGAUCUUUGUGGUUAUGUAUCGAUUACCGCAAACUAAACCGAGUGACGAUUAAAAACAAGUACCCGUUGCCGAGAAUCGACGAUCUCUUCGAUCAACUAAAAGGAGCUACGGUCUUUUCUAAGAUCAACCUUCGAUCGGGUUAUCAUCAGCUCAAGGUGAAAGAAGCUGACAUACCAAAAACGGCAAUACGUACGCGUUAA